UUUCCUUGCUCGAUGCGUUCUUUCUCCUCGCACUUUGCUCAUGUCAGGUUUUUAGCAGAAAAGGAUGUAUUUGUUGAAAUUAAUCAUGUUCUUCCAGAUCCUUAGAUAUGGAGCACACCAGAAUCUCACCAGUCCAACUGCUGUAACAACUCUGACUAAGGAAGAACCUUAUCCCCGGGUGACCUUGCUGAAGCAGACAUGCACUUGGACUCUACAGAGGGACAUGGAGUCAAAUGUCACCCUGACCCAGGAGCUGAGGUUGACCCUCACACAGCAGAUCUGCCAGUCCCUGAACUGCGGAGAAGUGGACCGUUUCAGUGAGACAUCGGCACCGCCCAACAGCACGUGUCUGUCUCACUGCCUCCAAGUCAGUCACACAGGACUGGAGAACUGCUCAGAGGUGGUGGCCAAUGACUGUAAAGUCUUGACCAAAGUCAUAUGUGGACAUAGUAAAGUUCAGCUGGUUGGUGCAGAUCAUCGUUGCGGAGGGCGUGUGGAAGUAUGGCAGGAGGAGUGGGGCACGGUGUGUGAUGAUGACUGGGACCUGAACGACGCCAACAUUGUGUGCGCUCAGCUGGGCUGUGGCUACGCUGUCAUGGCGAUGGGACAAGAUGGUCGCUUUGGCCCAGGCCAUGGCUCCAUCCUAUUGGACAAUCUGAACUGCACUGGCCAUGAAGGGAACUUAUGGGAGUGUCCCGGUCGGAGAGGCACAGAUGACUGUGGACACAAGGAGGAUGCUGGGGUGGUGUGCUCAGAGUUUAAGGAUGUCAGGCUGUCAGGAGGUCUUGAUCGGUGCUCAGGUCGGGUAGAGAUCCAUCGAAAUGGGACAUGGGGAACUGUGUGUGAUACCUGCUGGGCCAAGGAAGAAGCCAACAUUGUGUGUUCAAUGCUAAACUGUGGGAGAGCUGUCCAGUUUUCUGCAUUCAAUCCGCAGUUCACCCACGACAAUAGCACCAAGUGGUAUUAUGUGUGUUAUCCUAAACACACUAGUUUGUGGCACUGUCAAGAAUUUGCCAACAGCCCAGUUCUUUGCACUGACUCAAAAGCCGCAGGAUUAAUUUGCUCAAACUCUCUUGGGCUGCCUCCAACCCCUACUCUGGACACGACGAUGACAACAUCAAAAGAUGUUUCUCCAUAUGCGAGCACAGUCUCGGUGAGGGCCGGUGAGCCACUGAUCACCCUCUCUCCAGAGCAGCUGGCCUGUGUGGCUCUAUCGGCAGCCCUCCUCAUCGCCCUGAUUGCAAACAUCAUCAUCUGCUGCCGACACAGGAGGCAAGACAAGCUUUUGAUUCAACGGAAAACACGUGAGCUUCAGAGCUCAGGUGAGCGCCAUGAGAAUGUCUACAGAGACGGCAUCGACCUGGUCAACGUCAUCAGCAACAACUUCGAGGCAGACCACACCAAUCACUCGGUGGAGAUGAGUGCCUCGGCCCCUUCGUAUUACCCCCAGAGCAGCAUCGACAGCUCGGUUUCCUGUGACACGGACCAUGAUGGAAGCCUGAGUGUCGAGCUUGCCCACCCUCUCUCCACCUUCCGCAAUUCACGGAAAUACAGCUCAGAAAGAAGAACCCCUACUGCAGGAGUUUCACACAUGAGCAGUCUCACAGAGGAAGCUUGCAACCCUCCUGAGGACAUGGCCACAUUGCAUGCUGGGUAUUAUGGUCCCCCGUUAGUGGACAACUGUCAGCCAAACAGGACAAGCUAUGCAGGCACAGUGGAUUCCUUUGACUCUUCCAGCACUUCCUCUGGUGAAUGCUAUGAGAACACAGGAGCCGCCAGCUCUGCACUACCAGACAUAGAAGCACCAAUUUAUGACCAGACAGAUGACUUCCUGCUACAUAAUGGAAACCAUACAGGAGAUCGCAGACGCCUGCUCACAGCAACACACAAUUUCAGCCAGGGGGUGGCGGUAGAAAGCCCCUCUAGUGGAGAAGACUCCCCUAUCUACUCCCCCGUGAGCAUGGAGCCCCCAGAUGCGGAGGACGAGUCAUCUGACUGUGACUAUGACGACGUGGUCAGCUACUUGCAGUGAUGGAGAGUCCUUAGACUGGGACCAUGAUGAUGUGCUCACAUGCAUGCAGUGACCUGGCCUGUGGUGACCUGGGUUGACCUGGCCUGAUUUGGAGGGGGGGGGGGUGUCCUCAGACUGUUACCAUGACAACAUGGUUAGCC